AUUGCAAAAAAAAGUACACAAUUUGUAUGUUUUUAAGGAACAUAGACAUUUGCUUCCAUUUAAAUUCGGUUUUACAUAUUUAAUCAUGUCGUUUUGGAUAUUUGUUCUUCGCUAAGUCACGAAUCACUGUGUCAACAAAACGGUCGACAUCAUAAACCAGUCACAACGCAGCAGAAGAAAAAAGGAAAUGUGUCCAAUUUCAAAAUAAAUAAUUGCAAUUACAGCAAUUUAAGCCUGGCUUAAAUGAUCUGUUAGUAGUCUACCAGCCGCUUAUUCUUCAAUAUGUCUAGUUCGGUAUUUACCGAGAUUCCGAGCGGCAGAUCAGCCGCCGACGGGGACUCGAACCUAGUUGUUGUUUAUAGCAAGCAUGGCAUUACAUUUGACAACCGCGGCAUUGAAAAAAUUAUGGAAGAAAAAUCGAUCUCGACAAUUAGUGUUGUCCGGCUUACGUCUCCAACGCCUAGCAUGGUAGAUGAGGAAGAAGCGGAACGCCUAGAAGAGCUAAAGCAUUAUCUGGAAACAGGCUCAGAUCGAGAUGACUCGGACAGGGAUACUGAUAUCGCAAGUAGGAGUGGCUGUGAAGAUGAGAAAAGCGAAAAGGAGCACUUAACUGGAGAUGAUAAUGAUGACAAUAGUGUUGAUCAAGAUCACGAUGACUCUACGGAAACUGAAGUAGAGGCGGCCAAAGCAAAAAAACGACCCGGCCGAAAACCGAAAGUUAUCAAAAAACAAAAAAAGCGUCGGAAACUUAAGGAACGUCCGCAGAUUGUAGGGCUGUCUGUAGAACAAUUUUACACAGAUAGUAACGCCGAUCUGGUUGUAAAGAAUGCUCUAAAAAUCGCUGGCCUCUCCAUAUUUAAACGAACAGCAGAGACUGAUGCCCUGCUGGAAAUAAUCAGGAAUGAUCACAAUUAUACGCCAUUCACAUCGCCGGAACAAAUGAAAGCGCACAAAAACGCUGAAAAACUAGAUGCUGAAAGGCAACAGAUACAUGGAAAAAAAUUUAUUGUACAGGCGCCAGCUCAUUUAAAAAUGCAAAGUUCUAAGAAGCGAAUUCAAGUUGUUCCAUUUAGUCAAGUUCAAACGGCAGUACAGCAAAAGUUUGAAAGGAAGAUGAUUAUUGAAAACCCUGGGUUGAGAAUAAUGCGAAACAUUAGACCCAUUGCCAAGACUUGUAAAUUAGCUACAGAUAACAUCGAGGAUAAUGAAGACGCCCAUACUUCAGUCAAUGCUGACGAUGAAAAUGUUGAUGCGGAGAAAUCAUAUGACUCGGAGGACAUCGAGCCAGUAAGCGAGCAAAGCGAGGAAUCGCGUGAUACGGACAAUGAUCGCGAUAGCGAUAUUGACUUUAAAAUGAAUUAUAGUCGCAACUCAACUAAACGGAGACGAGUGAAAAAGCUAACUAGGAGAACAAACGUGACUACAGCACGUAGUGCGGCGGUGGUGCAUAAGCCUCUUUCACAACAUUUUCCUCAUAUAAAGCGUCGAAAGCUCAUGCAGGAUGAAAGCUGCUAUGCUGAUCGACCCAAAACAAUACUUCAAACAACUAGAGUAUCUGUAGGACGUCCCGCGAAUACCCAAUAUCCAAAAACCCCCAACAGCACAAAAUCUUCGCCUACUAUUUCUUCAAACAGUAAGCAACUCACACCUGAAGCACCCAGAAUGGCUUCUCCAUCACCCAUAACAUCAGCAACUCCGAGAAUGCGCAGAACACCUGUCGUCCAAGUGGGUGCAAUGGCGAAGACGACAGGGUCUGGCUCUUUACUGACGCCCCCACAAGAGGUUAAAGAGAUUAUCAUAAAUAAAAAACUGACCAGCCCUAAGGGAGUGUUCACGAAUCUAAACACUUUGUUGACCGAUAGCAUUGAAACGGAAUGCGUUCCGCGUCCAGUAAAACAACGACUGCUAUUGGGAUCUACAGGGCCGUAUAACACAGCAAUCACAACGGCUGUUGCAUCUAGGUCGAGCACAAUAUCAGCACAAUCAUCUUCAAAAGGAUUUAUGCCUAUUGAAGUAAACACGGCGUCAUCACACAAAUUACCCGCGCAGAUUGUGAUCGAGACCCAUCAGAGCUCUUCUGAAUUGGCAGCCGAACACAACCAACAACUUGAUCUUAUAAACUCAAUAGUUCAGGAUGAACUGCUCAAGGCUGAUAGUGUGAUGGAGAAGCAACCAACAAGUGCAGAUGAAAGCAUACCAAAAAUCGUAAAAAUGUUGGAAAACACGGUUGCGGGUUUGGAUCAGGCCAUGGCUCCCAAUUCGAAUAAAGGCGCAUCAUUUGAAGACCCCACGACAAAUGAUUGCCAGAACAUUGGUGUUAUUGAUGACAUUGCGACUCCAUUGUUGGCAACCCCAGACGAAGAUGAAAUAACGGCUGAUUUUCUCCAGCAUGUCGUCGGACUUAUCGAAGAAGACAAACAGUUUGAGGCCGAAGUUGUCAAACAAGUGCUGGCGAGUGCAGAUUCUGGAAAUUUAAACAUUGGAGGAACCAUUGAUACAAUAGAAAGUGUUGCUGCGCUACCUAGUAAUCCCUCUAUAUUUAAUGCUGAACGGCCGUUAACCCAGGUAUCCAUGAAUCAGCCCCCAGCUUUUGGAACUAAUGUCAUGUCGACCGAUCAUCAGCCCAUAGCUUGUAGUACGCCAUCGCGAGUAAUAGCACCACAAGCUGGAACAACUCCAAUCAAUUCUGAGACAAAGAUUGUACGUGGUAAUGGCCGUGUCAUUUAUCUUCCACCCAUAGAGGCGCCCACAACGCGCGCUAAACGUCGGGCUCAAAAUAUAUCAACUGAUCUGAGCAACAUCAGCAUUCUGCCGUGCGAAUCAAACCGUGUUAACAGUCAAAUAAAGAGUACAAGCUUUGACAACGAGAGUUUUGUUGCACAGUCUACCGCAACAACAAGCAAUGUUAGCGGUAUCCGAUACGCGCCUAAAGAAGAUAUUGUGAACACAAGAAUGAUGUCUGGGAGACCAGUUUCGUCAAGAUCAAGCAAACAGAGCACUGGCCAAGCUAAUGAUACAGAAGCAUCAGAGUCUCAGGAGGAUGACGAUGACCCAAACAAAUUAUGGUGCAUAUGUCGCCAACCACACAACAAUCGUUUUAUGAUAUGCUGCGAUCUGUGUGAAGAUUGGUAUCACGGCACAUGUGUUAGUGUAACAAAAGCUAUGGGUCUGGAUAUGGAACAGAAAGGCAUUGAUUGGAAGUGCCCCAAAUGUGUAAGGGUUCAGGAGGAGAAGACACAGCCCCGAAUAACUGAUAUGCUGUUAAAUAGGCAACCCAUGGACGAAACUCAAAAGGAUUCACAUCUAAAGUCGAAAGAGAGUGUUGAUAUAACUAACCAACCGACCGAAGUAAAAUGUGUACCUCAAUUAAUAAAACAGUCUUCGAUGUCGACUUUGCUGGAGCCUGGCAGCAACGCACCGUCAAAGAGACGCUUACUGCCUGUUGCACCUGUAAAACUUGAUGUCUUAACACCACAGCAGGCAAUUGCAAGCCGAGAGCUAGGCAAUGCAAACGAUAAGCAGCACGGUCAAAUGCUAGCUAUGAAACUUAAGGUAUCAGAUAAAAUGCAACAACAGAAGCUGAACUUCCCGAAGCUGAGUUGCAAAAUGUCGGACACGUUGGAGUCCAGCUGCAUCGUGUGCAAGAGGCCAUCGCGAAGCAAUUCAAUCUACUGCAGCGACGAAUGUAUACGGAAAUAUGCCCAAUCUGCUAUCCAAACGCAAAAUGUGACUAAAAGUCCCGAAACCAUACACUCUUCGGUGAUGGUGCCCGCUGGAUUGGAUGUCAAGAAGAAUAAAAAGAAGAACCUUUUUGAAGACAUGUUACGCCAGGCGGAUUCAUUGUCCAAAGUAGAAAGGAUUAAUGUUUUUGAACGUAAAACUGGACGUGUAAUUUGUGGACAAAACGCGCCGACCGUGCAUCAGCUAAAAAAGUGGCUACAGGAAAAUCCUACAUUUGAAGUAGUGCAACCCGGCAGUAUUGAAGCUAAAAAAAUAGAGAAACGUCAGCAGAACCGGUUGGAUCAGUCAUCAAAUGGUCCUUCCUUUAUACAAAAAUCGAACUGUGUUGUAGUUACUGCGCAGUCACAUACACCAACGAGGCAGUCCGAGGCAGUAAAAUCUUCUCAAACGUUGCUAACAAGUCGAACAUCAUCCAGCCCAAAAACUGUCAUUUCAGAAAUGCGUUCUGUUGAAAGAAAGGAUAAGAAUAACACCAAGACUAGGGACUUCUCCAAUACUCCUCGUCGUACGGCGGAAAGGGACAUUGACAUCUCCAAGCCAGAGCCUAUACGCAUAAAUGUGCGCCGCACUCUAAUGGAGCAGUUAGUUUCCCGCAUUAAGGAGGCACAAGCAAUGGACGCGCAAAGUGCCAUGUCAUCUACACCCAGAGAAUGGCUGACUGUCGAGGAGGUGGAAAGCUUUGCCAACUCUGUAGAACUUGAAAUGUACAAUUCAUUCAACCGUGAUGUCGGUGCAAAAUACAAGUCCAAGUAUCGCUCACUGAUGUUUAACAUUAAGGAUCGUAAGAACAAAACUCUGUUCGAAAAAAUAUGUGCGAAACAGAUAGAGCCAAAACAGCUUGUGAAAAUGACACCUGAGGAGCUGGCCAGCCAAGAGCUAGCCAAAUGGAGAGAAGAGGAGAAUAGACACCAAUUAGAUAUGAUUAAAAAAUCCGAGCUAGAUAUGAUAGCGUGUUCUAAAAAUUAUAUGGUUAAGACUCAUAAAGGUGAAGAAAUCAUCGAGACGAAAUUAAAUGUGACUCUACCAGAUGAAAACCAGGUGGAGAUGGACAGUUUUGAAGUGACUAGGUCACAACCCAGCGAAAUAAGGAGCAGCAAUGAAAAAGACUAUAUGGUUGGCCCUGAUACCGAGGGUACGAGUUCAGCAGAGAAAAACUCUGCAUUGGGAAAGGAUGCAGAAAAAGAGAAGCACAACAAGGUACGCCCUAAAAGCAGUGAACGAGAUAGGGAACGGAAUAAAGAACGUAAAAAACAUAAAAGUCAUAAGCGAAGUCACCACCAAAGUAAUAAAAGAAGUCGAAGUCGGUCAAGCAGCCGCGGUCAGAGCGUGGAAAUGCGACAUAAAACUGCUCCACGUCGUGAAGAUCACCAAGAUGGCGAUCACAAAAAGGCUAAGGACCAAAAUAUUUUAAAUGAAAAUCAUGAAUACCCUGAAGUAAUAGAAAAAAGAGAAAAGUCGCCACUUCGUCGAAUAAUAACUGAGAAGAAACAGGAAGAAGCAAGCCCAAAACCGCCAAUUUAUAAUUUGGUAGAUCAAAUUCUUGAAUCUGAAAAAACUGUCGAGCAGGCAGCUAAUUUAGUAGAAUCCUCAAAGGCCCCAAACAAGGUAGGACCUCCCGUAUUUACAACCAUUCCGACUGCAUCAAAUCUAUCUACCAACCCGCAUCCGGACAAAUACUCACGUUAUAUGCAGGGACAUCCUUCACGAGCCCUGUGGUCGGGCAGAUUGAACAUGGUUGAUGUCGCCGACUUCCAUAUAGUUAUUCAUCCCGUAAAUGGAAACUCUCAGCAGCUCGUUAAUCGUUUUCCGCCAAACUUGGAAGUCAUUGGUCGGAUUACAAGCGAAAAUGUCUGGGACUACCUUAAAAAGAUUAAAAAGAGCCCCACAAAGGAGAUUGUGACAGUUGGUCUAUUCCCCUCUAGCCCCUCUGAAGUUGAUAGCUUCAAACAUUUCUUUCAAUACCUAAACUCUCGUCAACGCCUUGGAGUUUUAGGCGCAGAUCCCGAAGAAAUUCGCGACUUUUAUAUUUACCCCUUGGGCGAAAGAGAUAAAGUACCUAGUGUAUUACGAACUGCAGAUCACGAGCCGUUUUACGAUAAAGAUCACAGGCCCAACACCCUCUUGGGUAUUAUAGUACGCUGCAUUGGAAAACGUCCCGGGUUGCUCAAUUCAUCACCACAAACACUCCCCACGUCGAGCGCAAUCAGCAAGCAAGUAAAGUUGCCGCAUAAGCCACGUGCUACAAUUAAUACUACACCUCCUCCAAACAGUCCGAAGCGAAAGCGUAGCAGGCACUCGACCAGCUCAAAAGACGACGAAUUUGAUAUUGAUGCAAUUAUUAAAGCCCCCAUCGUUGCCAAAACUAAAAAAAUUAAUACUGAUUUAUCUGCCAGUGUGGAGUUGGGCCAGGAAGACCCCAACGAGCCGUAUUCGCCAGGUGGGAGCUCAGACGAUGACUUACCAGCUACAACCACCAAUAAAUAUGACUUAAAACGCAAGGUAGAAGAAAUUAACAAACAAAUAGCUGCGCAACAAAUUGAAAUUGCUGGAUUGCUGCAUUCUGCAGAGCCGCCUGUGUUGGAAACGUCUAAUGUGCUUGCGGGAAUUUCAAUUCCUCCAAAUCUAUCAAGCAUAUUGGCCCGAAUCAAGGAUAAAUCGGAAGUUGUUGUUAAAGAAAUGCCGACCUCUGACGAUAUAUACAAUCCCGAGAGUACGAUCUCCUCAAACAGCUCAUACACUCUAGCAGAACAAGCGAGAAAAUCGACGAGUCGCUUGGCGCAGCUAAGUGAAGCUGAGCUUCUUAGCAUGGUGCCAGAUGAUCUUAUAGAUGUCGCGCCCAAAUCGUCUACUAGAUACGAGGAGCCUCCGCCGCCAGGCGUUUAGUUUAAGCUGAAAACAGUUAAAAUUAAUCUAAAGUAGCUUUAAUGUGCGUGUGAAUGAUGUUACUGUCAGUUCCAAUAGGAUUCCUAAAAUAUCUCUUUGCAUACUUGUUAUUUUUGAGUUUCCACCAAGUAAUAUUUUAAUGAAUUCAUUCUCCAUUAAAUAUAUAAAUUUUAAAUCCCUUCGAAAACAAACCUUGUUAGUAGCCCUUCUUAAACGUUUAUAUCUGAAACCAAUUUCAAUCAAUUUGAUUUUGUUAAUUUUUACUGAAAAUUGUUCCACGUAAAGCAGCUCUAAAAACCCGCCUGUAUUAUAUAUAAAAAUUGAAAUAAGAGAUGUGUUUACCACCUCGCCGCCAAA